AAGACUGCUAGAGUGACGGGUAAAGAUUGACAAGCCACGGUCGCCGGAGGGGUCUCUGUAUGCCUUCUUGAUAUACUCGCCAAUGUAGAAAGCCAUGGCGUUGAACGCCAUUCUGCUGAGCUUAAGCAUCGUACUUCAUGUUGGGAUGGUGCUGCAAGGCUCUACCACAACAGCGUGUAGCAAACUUCCAGGUAGUACAAAGCAGCUCAGUCAGGAAGACCCCUCCUCAAACAACUGCAAACUGGAGUGUCCUGAAGGCAGCAGCGCGUUUCGAGGGAACAAUUAUAGAGUAUGCUCGGGACGGCUCUUCCAAACCUUCGAAUUGAAACCAUAGGGAUUUACCAUUUAACCGCCCGCAUUAUAAACGCACACAUCCCGAUGGCAUGGAUACGGAACCUACCCGGCAUUGGCGAUCUGCAACAUGCGGGACCAAGCGAGUGGAAGGCAAGGCU